AUGGCGAGGCCGACGCCUCGCGCGUCGACGCGCGCGCGCGCCGGGGAGAAGGACCCGAUCGUGUGGAUCCCCGCGCGAUCCGAUCGCGCGGUCCGUCGACCCCCCGUCUCCCGAGCGCGCGUCGCUGUCGAUCGCGCGUCGGGCGCUCCGCGUUCGCCGGCGCGUCUCCGCGCGCGCGCGCGUCCGCGUCGCGACGGCGCGCUCCACCGAUUGGCGUCCACCGCGGACAGGGUAUCGUCCUCCUCCGCGGCGUCGCCGAACGACGACGCCGCGGCGAUCGAGCCGCCGUCGCCGUCGCCGUCGCCGUCGCCGCCCGCGAAGAAGAAGCGCGCGUUCAUCCCCGCGCUCGACUCGACGCGAUUUUUUCUCAUCACCUACAUCGCCGUCGGCCACUUCAUCGCGUGCUGCACGAAAGACCCGCUCACGCUCCGGAUGUUAUCGCAAGUCAACGUCGUCGUCGGCGCGUUCUUCGUGAUCUCCGGGUACGUCGUCGCGUACACGUGCACGGAGCUGGGCGAGUACAGGGCGUCGCCGCGGAUAUCGCCGGCGCCGGCGUUUAUUCUGUCGCGCGUCAUGGGCUACUACCCGCUGUACCUCCUCGCGCAGGUCGUCUUCGGGUGGGUGUUCGUGUACGCGGAUAACUUAUAUAACGGUCCGAUUGCGACCGUUUUCCAUGGUUUAAUCACCAUGACGUUGACCCAAGCGUGGUUCCCCGCGCACGCGGAGCUGUGGAACGCCCCGACGUGGUUUCUCAGCGCGUUGACCUUCGCCACCGUCGCGUUGCCUUUUUGUCUCCCGUCCAUCGCGUCGUGGAAGAAGAAGGGUUUGAAGACCGCGAUGAUCGCGCUCACCGCGAUCAGCUUGAUCGCGAAAGUCGCGUACUCGUACGACACCGGCGGGUGGUUCUUCAUGGAGGGCGUCAUGUCCCCGAAGACGCACCCGUCGUGGUUGUUUUGGAACGCGCAGCGGUUUUCGCCGUUCGCGGCGCUCGUCGAAAUUUUGAUCGGGUGCGUCGCCGCGCGCAGCGUCAUGGUCCGCGAGUGCGCGGACAAGGGCGAGGAGAAAGGCGUUAACGAAAACGGCGAAUCGUCGACGGUUACGGAUACGGAUACGAACAACGCGAGCGGCUGGAUGGCGAGCUCGCCGGUGGUGCCGCUCCUCGGGAUGGCGUUCGUGUUGAUCGCUCGCGGGUUCGAGUGGCUGACGCUCAACGACGGGCUCACGCGCGGUUUGUUUUUCAUCCCUCUGUUCGUGUCCUUCAUCAAACGGAUCCACGUCCAGACCGUGUACGUCGACCUCCCGAACGCGGCGAAGGAGGGGCACAAGAGCUUCAGCACGAUGAUGUCGCACAAGUGGCUGACGUAUUUGGGCGCGAUUUCGUUUCCGAUUUACAUCCUGCACGGGCCCAUCGGUCAGAUUUUUUACAAGAGAGCCGUCGCGUCCAAGCUGUGGGGCACGGUGUUCACGAAGUACCCGGAGUUUUUCCCCGCGUACCUCGCGAUCGUGCUCCUCGCCGCGGUCGUCGUCCACGAAAAGUUCAUGAAGAACAAGGCGAUCCAGGGGUGGUUCCAAGAGAGAGGGCAGGCCAUCGCCGCCAAGUUUUAG